CCCGCCGCUGCCGCCGCUUUGAGUGCCGAGGAUCGUGCUGGCUUAGUCAACGCGCUCAAGGAUAAGCUUCAGAAUUUGGCUGGGAAGCAUACGGAUAUACUCGAGACUUUGACGCCACCAGUUAGGAAGCGUGUAGAUGUUCUAAGAGAGCUUCAGAGCCAACAUGAUGAGCUGGAAGCAAAGUUUUUCGAGGAGAGGGCUGCACUAGAAUCUAAAUACCAAAAGCUGUAUGAACCAUUGUAUUCAAAGAGAUAUGAAAUAGUAAAUGGGGUUGUCGAAGUGGAUGGUGUUGAUGAAGCUCCCAUGAUCCAGGGCGAGGAUAGUGAGACUGAAAAUGAGAAAGGUGUUCCCAACUUUUGGCUGACUGCAAUGAAAACUAACGAGAUAUUGGCAGAGGAGAUCUCUGAGCGUGAUGAAGAGGCCUUGAAGUACCUCAAGGAUAUCAAGUGGUGCAAGCUUGAUGAUCGAAAGGGCUUUAAGCUUGAAUUCUUCUUCGAUACAAACCCUUUCUUCAAGAAUUCUGUCUUGACUAAAACCUAUCACAUGAUUGAUGAUGAUGAUGAUCCCAUAUUGGAGAAGGCCAUAGGGACCAACAUUGAAUGGUAUCCCGGUAAAUGCUUGACACAGAAGAUCCUAAAAAGGAAGCCAAAGAAAGGGUCAAAGAAUGCUAAAUUCGUAAUUAAGACUGAAAGCUGUGAGAGCUUUUUCAAUUUCUUUAAUCCACCCCAAGUACCUGAAGAUGAUGAUGAUGAUAUAGAUGAAGAUGCGGCUGAAGACCUGCAGAAUCUAAUGGAACAAGAUUAUGAUAUUGGCUCGACAAUCCGAGCUAAAAUAAUCCCCCAUGCUGUGUCAUGGUUUACUGGUGAGGCUGCUGAAGGGGAUGAAUUUGAAGAUAUUGAAGGUGAUGAUGAAGACGAAGAUGAGGAUGAAGAAGAGGAUGAUGAUGAAGAUGAAGAUGAAGAUGAAGAAGAGGAGAAGAGCAAAAAGAAGAAGAGUGCCAAAGCACAAGCUGGAGAAGGUCAACAGGGAGAACGUCCUCCCGAGUGCAAGCAGCAGUAGUUUGUGUUGUGUGCCCAUAACAGCUCAUGAACCCCAACCAUGUCAUUCGUUGUUAAUUUCGCGUUGGCCGUGUUUUUAUGUCUGCUCUUUCUUUCCGAUCUUCCUUUUUGUUUAGUUAUCAAUUUUGUAAAAUCUAGUGGGGCUUUGUGUGUUUGCUUGGGGGGUCAGCUUUGCUUAUAACAAGAAUUUCAUAUUUAUGUCCUGUUCUUUGCUUAUAUCAACAUCUGGGCUCGUUUAAGUUUGCGUUUUAGCUCAACUUACGCAACUGUUCAGCCAAGUUAGAUA